AAAUGCCUUGAACGUGGUAUAAAACCAAAAUGGAUCAAAAUAAAAGAUAUUGGAAAAAUGAAAUUUACGAAAUUUGAUAUCCUUGUGGUAGAAAAAUCUGAAAAAAGUGCAAUGAUUAAAUUAAUAACAGAUGAAUGUUGCAUAGUUAAACCAGAAAAUUUGUCACUUGUUAAUGCAAAUCCAAUGCGUACAAGACUCAUGCAAGAUCUUUGUAUAUGUACUUCUCAUUUAUGUUUAAAAGAUAAGGUAUAUUCACUAAUGAUUGUUUCUGCAAACAAUAAAAGAGGAAAUAUUUAAAAAUCUUAUUAUUAUAGAGAUACGUACAGGUAUUAGUAGUAAAGAUGAGUGGAAAUUUUACAACAGAUUUAAAUGAUAAAGUAACACAUCUUGUAACAUCAUCUGUUUUGUCUGUUGAAUAUGAGAAGGCGUCACAUAUGCAAAUACAAAUAGUUACAAAAGAAUGGGUUAAAGCAAUAUGGGAAGCAAAUAUGAUAUAUUAUGUUAAGCCAGAUGACAAGAGGUUUGAUAAAUAUAAAGUUCCUAUGUUCUAUAAUUUAGUUAUAACAACAACAAAUAUUCAGGGAUGUCAAAAGGAAGAAAUUCAACAUUUAAUUGAAGAUAAUGGAGGGGUAAAAUACAUAUUGUUUAAAAUUUUUCUUUUAUAUUUUAGCUAACUAUUCCCUUAUAUUAUUAUUCUCUUUUUAGGUGUAUAUGGAUGUUUUUGAUUGUGAAAAAGUUAAUAUCAUGCUUGCACCAGAAGAUAGUCAUGAAAGUCAGAAGCUCAAAUGUGCAAGAGAAAUAAAUACUAUUUGUUUAACAGUAAAAUGGUUAUAUGAAAGUAUAAAAGCCGGCCAUGCUUUGCCUCCUAGGAACUAUAUAUUUCAAUUAAUAAAAGAACGUUAUUCUGCAAGAAGAUCAAAUGUUUCUACAGUUACUACAGUUUUGGAUAGACCUGUGUUUAAUGAAGCAGAAUUGGCUGGUCCAUUUUUAUAUGGUUGUAUUAUUUACCUAGCUGGAUUCACUUCUGUUCAAAGAGUUAAACUUAGCAGAAUAUUGAAUGUAGGUAGUGCAAUGCAUUUCGGUUAUACAUGUGACAUUCUAACACACAUUAUUGUCGGGGACGAAGAUAGUGCAGCUAGUGAACUAAAAUUAUUGAAAUUAGGACCAUUAUGUCCACAUAUAUUGAGACUGGAGUGGUUGGAAGAGAGUAUCAGAUUAAAAUAUCCCGCGCCAGUAAAAGAUUUCUUAUACGAACUAUCAUCUUCAUUAAUUAUGAAUUUACAACUGCUGCAAGAAAGGAUGUUAAAAGAAGAGGAAGAAUCAUCUAAUUUCGGUCACGAGGAGCUACAAAAUGCAAUUGGUUCAACAAUUGAGGAGCCGCAUACACCUGCUUUGAAUCAAAUGCCAGGAAGUCUUGAAGAAAAUUUAAUAAUACCUGAAACAAAUAAUAGUGGUAUUAUUAAUGAUAAACUAUUUGAAGGUCUGACAUUUGUCAUACUUGGCUUCAAUGACAUGUAUAGUUAUGUGGCUGCAAGUAUAGUAGCAAUGAAUGGAAGAAUAGUUCCAGGUACGUUCGUUAACAUUCCAGACUAUGCUAUUGUGCCAAAAUAUGGUAUACCUUUAAAAUGUGUAGUGAAAGAAAUUGUUACCGAUUUGUUUAUUGUAGAUUGCAUAAAACACAAUCGAAUAGUUGAAAUUAUGUAUUAUCAUAGACCUAUAUCUGUAACAAAGUAUAUAUUAUCAGGUUGUGUUCUUACAAUCAGCAAAUAUAUAGGAGUUCAACGAUCGUAUCUUAUAACAUUAGCUGUGGAAAUGGGUGCAACGUAUUAUUCUUAUCAUAUACCUUAAAGAUAACUAGAGUGAAUCAAGUAUUAAAGCAUUGUUUAAUUUCAGAUACCAAGAUACUUUCACUUGUGAAAAUAUUUAUGACAGAGAUUUAUGUAGAAACACACAUUUAAUUUGUCCAAUACCGGAAGGAAGGAAGUAUAACGCCGCAGUAAAAUGGGAUAUACCAGUUGUUACCGCAGAAUGGUUAAUAGUCUGUGCACAGCAAUCAAUAUGGGUUAACGAAACGUCAUUUCUUGUCGUAAAAAGCUUAGGUAUACAAAUACUUAAUAAAUUCAUAUUAUAUAUGUAUAUACAAAAAUUUGUAUAAUAUUAGUCCCGUCUAAAGGCUCAGAAAGACGAAUGGGAUUAAACGUAAGUUUACUUCAAACUAACACAGAUCAAAUAGUUUUUUCUACCGAACCAGUACCCAGUAGUUCAAGAAGCCACAACGUUAUUGUUCCAGAAGAAUAUUUUCCAAAUUUAGAAGUUCAAAAUACUAAUUCCGGUAACAUGCUGUCACCAAAUAAUGAAUACAGCUUACCUUACACGAUCACAACUUCUGAACUAUCAGGAACACACAGUCAAGCGUUUGGACCCAUUCCUUCAGUAGAGACAGAAAGAUAUCAAUCUGAAGAGAUUAGUUAUCCCUUAAAUUUAAAAAAAGAACCUCCUUUGGAAAAGUCAUUUAGUGGAGGUGUCUAAAUACUUAAAAAAAACUGACAGGCAGUAAAUGAAAAGUUAUCAGAGAAUCAUAAUGCAGACGAGAUAUUACCUGCAGCAGCAAAAGGUGGUUUCAACUAGUAGAAAUUAGAAGACACAGAUGACAAUGGUAAAACUGACAAAUGAAAUUAAUAUGUAAAUUAAAAGAAUUUUUAGAUAAACAAAGUAUAUAAGAUAUGCAAAUAUUUGUAAAGACCUAAAAACAGUAAUUGACUGUACUUCCAAAAUUAUUAUAAUAAUAUCAUUGUAUUUAUAUACAAAUGAAGAUUAUACAUCAUACAAUUAAUCGUUUCUAUAUUCAAUAUAUAAAAAUUAUUAGCUUUUAUAAUACUAAAAAUAGUAGUAAGUUUAUUGUUGCACCUCCAAUUCAAUUGUAAAAUCAAAAGAAGUACUGGCUCUAUAUUUUGAAACACGAUCGCAAUGAUAAACUUUUUAUUGUAACUGUAUUUGAAUAGGACUUUGUGGUAUAAUUUAGGAAGUACGAUGGAGGUACACACUGACUAUGUUUUUUCUUAUGAAAAUGUUUUUUAUGCACAAUAAAGAUUCUACAUCUCUAAUAGAA